GAAGAUCGCUGCGAUCAGUAGGGGACGUAAUUUCAACGGGAUAACACGUUCUAUUCUUUCUGUAUUCAUUAUUAUCUCACUGUUCAACGAGAUUGAGAAUUACAUAAAAUGGAACGCUGGUCUGGUAAAGUAGCUAUAGUUACUGGUGCAUCCAGUGGAAUUGGAUUAGGAAUAGCAAAAGCUCUCGUACAACAUGACGUCGUUGUCAUUGGAUUUGCACGAAGGAAAAAUAAAAUGCAGAACGAGAUGCAGGAUGUUCAUGGAAAAGGUAAAGGAAAGUUUUAUGCAUGCGAGUGUGACAUCUCCAAUCCUGAAAGUAUCGAGCAAGCCUUCGAAUGGGUCAAGAAAAAUUUUGGAGUAGUUCAUAUUCUGGUGAACAAUGCUGGAGUUUCAUCAAAUAAGAAAUUUAUGGAUUCGUCCAGAUCCGAUUGGAACAAAUUAUUUGRUGUCAAUGUGUUAGGAGCAAUCGAUUGUACGAAACGUGCCGCUAGAAUGAUGUUGGAUGCUAACGUAGAAGCUUGCAUUAUUAAUAUCAACAGUGUGGCAGGUCACAACGUAGUUUCUUUUCCGGGUAUGUCUUUAAAUAUGUAUUCAGCCACCAAAUUUGCUUUACGUGCUGCUACUGAAACCACUGCAAAGGAAUUGCAUGGUAGUAAAAUUCGAGUGACGAGUAUCAGUCCAGGAUUUGUAGCUACGGAUAUUAGUGAAGCCAAUGAUAUCGACAUAUCAAAURUGAGCGGGCAAGUACCCAUUUUGGAAUCUAGUGAUAUAGCAGAUGCAGUUAUUUAUAUAAUKGGAACUCCCCAACGCGUUCAUAUUACCGAAUUGAUUAUUAGACCAUUGGGAGAACUUAUGUAUGGAGGUCAAUAAUAGUAUUAAGUUUAACAUUUGAUUUGAGUAUUAUAUUGCUAUUUUCAUGGUUAUAAGACAUAUGAGGUACAAUUUUUGUAUUAAUGUAAAAUUUGACUAAGAACUAUAUUCAUAUUGGAUAWAUUUUGAACGUAUAUACAGUUACUUUAGAAUAAGAACGAAAUACUUAAUUUUUUUUAGAAUGCUUACUAUUUAAUGAGUUUAAUAUACAAUAUUAUUCGAUCAUAAUUUAAAUAACAUUAUUAUAAAUAAUAACACAUAAUAAUUUUUGUAAGUAUUAAAGGAGUAAUUAAAUCUUAAUCAUUUCAUAUCUAAA